GCUAACUACAAAAUUUACUACUCCGCUCGUCAAAAAAAAAAAGUGAAAUAAUAUUAUUAUAAAAGGAGAAAAUAAAAAUAAUAAAAGGAAAGAAAUGAUCUCCUUUUGUAGCUUCAUUUUCCUCCUAUUAAUUUCAUUUUGUUGACUUUAAUUUACUUAUUUUUUUUAAAAAAAAUGCUUCUCUUUCUCUUUUUCUAUUUGUCUUGGAUCUGUUAUUGAUAAUACGAAUACUUAUGAAAGAAGAAAAUAGUCCAGUGUUAUUACUUACUUUAGAUGAUGUAUUACAUAGGAAAAGUCAACCUCCUGUAUGUCUUUAUAAUUUUUAUAUCGUAUUAAAAGAUCGACUAGGGCUUGAGAUUCUUUUGGAUUUUUGGUUAGAUGUAACACAAGCCAAUUUGUUAUAUAAAAGAUAUAUAAAGAGUUCAUCAAGGAAAGAGAUGGAAUCCGCUUUAUUAUUAACUACAGCACCCUCAUUAUUACAACAGAACUCAAACGAUCAUCUCUUGACAACUCUACUACUUUUAUCAGAUUCAUGUCGUCCUGUAUUCAUAAGCAAGAAGCCUCGACCACCACCACCUACACAAAGGGAGAUGAUAGAGACCCUUGAGGGCAUCUAUCUUCGUUAUAUCGUUCCAAAUGCAGAGAAAGAAAUUGAACAAUUACCUUAUUCUAUAAAGGAAGCGAUUAGACUUCAUUUUCAUCAACUAUCCCCAGAGGAUCCCAUCAUUUAUGACCAAGCUAAAGACUAUGUUUAUCAAUUACUUGCUUCUACUUUUCCUUUAUUUUUACGUUAUAAAUUAUGGAUGAACUUGACUUUACCUCAACAAGUGGCAAGACUUUUCUCUGGUCUCUUUUGUUUAUGUAUAGGAUUUUCUUUUGAAUUUUCAUUUAUAUUUUUAGAUAUUCAACCUUGGCAAAAGAGAUUAUGGGGUAUUUUACCUAUUAUUUCUGGUGUGUUUUGUAUAAUAACUUCAAUGAUAGGUAUUGACCCUAUUUGGGUCCUUAUCUUUAAUACAAGUGAAACUAUUCCUUUUCAUUUUAAUCAAAUCAUAGAACCUAAAGCUAAAAAUAUAUUACGAAAAAGAUCUUUACAUGUACUUGGUAUUAUUUUAUUAAUCACUUUCAUUAUCAUGGCCUUCUUUUGUACUAUUGCUGGAAAACGACUUUAAUAAAAACUAGAUCCCAUAUUUUAUUACUAUAGCAACUUACCGGUGAUGUUGUAUUAUAAAAAGAGGGGAGAGAAGAGGAGGGGGGGGAGGGUAAAAGUAAGGGAGAGGUGGCUUAUAUUUGUAUGCACUUGUUUUUUAAUGUACAAAAAAAAAAAAAAAAAAAAAAA